UAACUUGUCAAACUGGUUUAAUAUCUACUCUCAGCUCGAACGCUGACUUGUGGAGCGUAGUUGUUUUUAGCAAAACAAAAGACAGGACAGAACUACACAUAUAGCGUUUUCUAAACUAACUGGUUGUUGUACGAUGAAAUUGACCAACACAAAACCCAUCUUGCUCUUCACACUGAUUCUGCUAUUUCACACUGUACAAGCAGAAGCUUCUCAUGAUGAGGCUCUGAGGAUCCUGGUUGUGGGAAUCAGAGGUCAGUCCAGAUUCAGUGCUGCAGAUCUUCUGUCAGGAAGGAAAGACGGUGGACAGGAGGACAGAGAGAUUGUAAAGACUCCAGUAAUUACAGACGAGGCUCGUAGAAUGAUGCUGGUCACUGGACCAAACCUCUGUGAGGAGGACACAGCGAGACAGACCUUCACAACAGCGCUGUUUCUCUCGUCUCCUGGACCUCACGCCGUUUUAAUGCUCCUGAAUCUGGAAGAUCAACAAUCACAACAGUGUGAUAUUGUGAAACGAGCCCAGGAGCUGCUGGGAGCAGAAGUCCUGCAGUACUGCAUUGUUCUUCUGCUCCAAAAUCACCAGGAACGUUUCACAGGAGCGUCCAGAGGGAUUGCUGGAGAAAUGAUCAACGCAUGUGGAGGAAGAUUUCACAUCAUAAGAGACUCUGAAGCAAAACCUGCUCAAAGAGCUGCUCUCAUAGUGGAAAUAGACAAGUUGGUUCAUCUCAAUGAACACAGAUUUUACUCAGUACUGACACAAGAUUUAGAAACUGAAGAACCCAUUCAAGAUGUGCAUGGAGAAAAUCCAGUCUUGUCUUUAAUAUAUGACACUUUAGGCGGAACAGCUGGAAUUGUAGGAUGGAUUUUCCUUGUUUCACUUACAGCUUUUGUUAUUUACACUGAAGGAAAGGACAUAAUAUCGAUUUCUGGGGCAGCAUUUACUGUGCUUGUAUUGUUUAUGGUCUAUCUAAGAAAUAUUAUGAGUCCAGAUCUUUCCAUACCACUAAAUUUGUCCUUAUUAUCAUCACUAGCAACUGUACUUACAGUAGAUCCCACAGUGAUUGAUAAAUUUGAGUUUAACAGGAUGAGUCAAGACAACAGAUUUAUCAUUACAGAUAUCUUAAUAUAUUGUGUCAGGUUGCUAAUACUUCCGCACGCUAUAAUGAUGUGUUUUAUGUUUAUGGUGGGUUCAGCUUUGAUCUUUGGGACAAUCAUCAUCAUCAGAACGUGGUCAGAUGUGCUCAUAGCAUGUUACGCGGCUCCUGGGGUCACAGUCGGGGCUUUUGCAUUCUCAUGUUGCAAUAAAAUCAUUAGUCGUAAACUUUCAAUACACGCACUAGGGUCGUUUCUGUGUUGUACCAUCGGGGCCACACUUUCAGUGGGGUUUGUGAAUGUGUUUGGUGGGAUGAUUACAAUAAUUCUGCUAAUAUCAGGAUUGACAAUGAUGUAUUUCCAUUUAAACAAUGAAAUGCUAAAGAUUGUAUUCUGGUUAACUAUUCUUACACUGUUGUUUUCAUGUGCUUGUGUGCUCAUUGGUUCAGUUAUUCUCUCUGCAGACAAACCAAAGCAGUUUUCAGAUCAUGUUGCUGUUGUGAUUUAA